AAAAUACGAGUCAUCUGUCAUAAAUAUUCAGCACAUUUAGUACGUCUUAGAGCGAAAACGAAAACAGAAAGAUCGAGUAGAGUUACUUCUGUGAGGAUAUGAAUUGUGAUAACCUCAUUUUACUGACUGCCCUAUGUGGCAUCUGGACAGUGAGCAUAUCACUGGCAAAGAAGGACUAUUAUGAGAUUCUGGGGGUUAAGAAGAACGCCACAGACAAACAGAUCAAGAGGGCCUUCACAUUGCAAGCCGUUAAAUACCACCCUGAUAAAAACAAAGACAAGGAUGCACAGGAAAAAUUUGUAGAAAUAGCUAAAGCCUAUGAAACCUUGAGUGAUCCUGAGAAGAGGAAGAAAUAUGAUCAGUUUGGUGACGAAGCAGAAAACCUCAAUGGAGGAGGAGGAGGGGGCGGUCAACCGUUCACGUUCAACAUGAAUGACUUUUUCCGUGGAUUCGACGAAGCGUUCAAUGCUCACCAGGAUGGGCACCAUCGUCAUCAGGAAGGAUUUAAAUUUCACUUUGGAGGAAAUGGUGGACAGCAAAACACCAGAUUUUUUAAUUUUGAUGAUUUAUUUGAGGACGAUGAUGAUGACGAUGGUGAUUUCUUCUCCUUUGGUGGGAGUCCAUUCGGUCAUCACAGCAUGUUCUCCUUUGACGACGACGAAGAGGACAUGUUCGGACAUCAAGGUCAAGGUCAUUAUUCCCGCUCCCACAACCACAAUCACCGCGCUCACCACACACACCACAGAAACCUACACCAUAACUUACAUCACAUGCACAACAACAUGCAUGGUAACUUUGGUAACAUGAGAAUGCACUCUUCUGGUUUUCAUAGUACAGGAGGUCGGACGUGUCGCACUGUGACUCAAAGAGUAGGAAACAUGGUAACGACCCACACGGAGUGUUCAUAAUGUGUACCCCUAAACUGAUAACCUUUACUGUGAUAUUAUUCGCGACCUCGUGGUGCUUGGAUUAUCUAUAUUUAACUCCCCCUGACAAAGUCGGGAGGAGCCUAUAUCAGCAGGUGAUUGUUAAUCGUAAUUUUCCGUAAUUUAUAAACAGACCUCGCACAGUUUCAUAAAAACAUUUGUUGGAUCCUGUGGGGUGGCUGUUUUUUGAUCCUCAGACACAAGGAAUGAAAGUGUACAUACAAGUGUUUAGACUGCUUGUUGGUAAUAUCAAAAAGUGCUGUGUGAAAGUUGAUUGCUGAUGACAGAAAAUUAUUGUUGAAAUUAAGCACACAAAUGACAAAUUAAUUUUCACUUUUGUUUUCCUGUUUUUUUUUUUUCAAUGUUU